UUAGAAUAGAUUGUGAUACAUUUCACCGAUUGGGGGCGCCACCACUGACCGAUUGUGAACAGAGAUUUAAGAGAGUAAGACGAAAAACGGAAGUAUACCACUAUAGCGCUCAUCUGUGCUGUCUUUUUAUUUUUCUUAUGUUUGACCAAAAAUGUGCACUGGUUGUGUGCAGAAAGAAUAUCCUGACAGGGGUAAUACCUGUCUUGAGAAUGGUUCGUAUCUGAUUAAUUUUCUUGGCUGUGCCAACUGUCACCAGCGGGACUUUGUACUGAUCAGUGACAGGACUCUGGUGAAUGAGGAUGAGGAGGAGAUUGUCACUUACCUUCAUAUUUGCAAGAACUGUGAUCAUGUUAUAGCCAGACAUGAGUACACCUUCACUGUGGUGGAUGACUAUCAGGAAUACACAAUGUUGUGUAUGUUGUGUGGAAAGGCAGAGGAUUCCAUCAGUGUUUUGCCAGAUGAUCCCAGACAAACAGCACCUCUCUUCUAGAGUAUUUACCCAGAGCCAGAGAUGGGACAUUCUCCUCUUAGCAUGGUUAUGAAUGUUUUGAUGGAGCCAUGACACAUGCAGGGUUUCGCAUAGGUUAGCACUGGAGAACGGCAUACAUAUACUCCAGGUGAAUAUAUCGCAGGAUCCAUUGUGUUCUUUGUUUCUACCGUUUUUAACAGUGGCUCUUACACAGUACUGCUCUGACUCAUAAAGAUACAUGAAUCUGAGGCAAUUCACAGAUAUUAAAGUUAAAUAAGAACAAGUGUUCCUCAUGGUUGUAAAAACCUCUUGAUCAUCCAUUGAUGUUUUAAACUUGAUUGGUGGAAAUGUUCUACAAAAAGUGGUUUGAAUGGACUAGCAGUGUGUAACACAGGUAGGUCACUUAAAAAAAAGUAUAAAGAACACAUUUAAAUUAGGCAGAUGAAAUACCUGCAAAGUACACCCAAGAUGUUUUUUUUUUUUUUGUAUGCUUUGUCUAAAUAAACUAUAAAACAAUG